GAGGUGGGGCGCAAAACACAAACAAAAGCCGCCACCGCCCGUUACCGACGUGCGUUGUGUGCGUCGCGACCAUAGAUAAAAAAAUAACGUAUAUAAAUCGUCGAAUAUUUCUAGUAUUUGUAAAUACAAAUAGUGUGUGUGUAUAACAAGUCGUUCGGUACGGUUUAUUAUGGUCGUGCAUCACAGCGCGACGUCCGUCACUAUGGAGGUGGACCCGCCACGGAACGCGAACAGCCCGGACGACCCGAAAAUGGCCAAUGGGUCGUCGGAAAACGAGAAAGCUGAAGACUCGGAAUCAUCAGAAGACGGUCCGUUAGACGUGGGUGAACAUUAUUUAGUUCGCCGGUACGACGACACAUGGCAUCCAGCUGAAGUUUUACACACCAGGUUCAAUGAUCAAGAACAUCAUUUUGAAUACUAUGUACACUUUGAGGGAUAUAAUCGAAGAUUGGAUCAAUGGGUGAGAAGAGAUAGGAUAAUGAAUUCAAGAUUUGAUAUAUCGGAGAAAACUUGGAAACAAAAAGAUGUAAAUAAAAUUUCAGAUCUUCUAAAUCAGUCUGAUAGAAAGAUUACUAGAAACCAAAAACGAAGACAUGAUGAAAUAAAUCAUGUUCAAAUGUCUUAUGCAGAUAUGGACCCAACCACAGCUGCAUUAGAAAAAGAACAUGAGGCGAUAACUAAAAUUAAGUACAUCAAUAAAGUACAACUGGGAAAGUAUGAAAUUGACACAUGGUAUUUUAGUCCCUUUCCCGCAGAAUACCAGAAAGAAUCCAAAAUUUGGAUUUGUGAAUACUGUUUAAAAUACAGUAAAUUAGAAAAAUCAUUCAAGUACCACAUGAGCCAGUGCACAUGGAGACAACCACCUGGUGUUGAGGUGUAUCAUAAAGGAUCACUAUCAAUCUGGGAAGUUAAUUCCAGUCAACAUAAAAUGUAUUGUCAAAACCUUUGUUUAUUAGCCAAGUUAUUUUUAGAUCACAAGACAUUAUAUUUUGAUGUUGAACCAUUUUUAUUUUACGUUCUUUGUGAAGUUGACAAAGUUGGUGCACAUUUAGUUGGAUAUUUUUCAAAAGAAAAAGAUUCACCAGACUGCAACAAUGUUGCUUGUAUAUUGACAAUGCCACCUUUCCAGCGUCAAGGCUAUGGUAAAUUAUUAAUAGCAUUCAGCUAUGAGCUGAGUAAGUUAGAAGGGCUUGUAGCCAGUCCGGAGAAGCCACUAAGUGAUCUUGGUAAACUGUCAUAUAGAUCUUAUUGGUCUUGGGUACUAUUGGAAAUCUUGAAAAAUACCUGUGGAUCAUUAUCAAUUAAAGACCUCAGUGGGAUGACUAGUAUUACCCAGACAGACAUCAUAUCAACAUUACAGUCUAUGAACAUGGUUAAGUACUGGAAAGGUCAACAUGUAAUAUGUGUGACACCAAAAAAUGUUGAACAAUUGGUUAGCUCAGAACAGUACAAGAGGCCCAGGUUCAUAAUAGAUGCAAAUGCUAUUAAAUGGACCCCAAAAAAGUAUAAUCCUCGACCUGGACCAUCAAGGCAUUCAAGAGCACAAUACUUGGCUAGCUAAAGAAAUUGAUAUAGAGUCUGUGGAAAAAUUAACAUACCUAGUAGUCAUUUAAGAUUUACCUAAUGUAAAUAGUUAAUACUUUUUUACAUAUAAAUUUUAAUAUAUGUAUUUUGGGAAGGCUUAAAUGACAAGUGCUAAUAUCAGUUAAAUUCUGUUGCUGUUUGUUAAGGACUGUUAUGGAUUAUUAACAACAUACUUUGAAUUAAAAUUUAUAUUUUUCCGGACUAUUUUAUAUGUUCGAUGAUUGUUAGACUGUUAAUGAAAGGUGUUGUAAAUGAUUAAUGGCAAAUACAAUUGAUAUGACAAGGACA